AUGUCUCUGCAACAGCUGGGCAAGUCAGCCGUACGGGUUGGCAAGAACUAUCUCAAGGGAUACACGGACACCCAAAUUAAAGUACGCGAGGCUACAUCGAACGAUCCAUGGGGCCCAAGUGGCUUGCAGAUGAGUGAGCUUGCCCAGCUCAGUCACAAUCCGACGGACUUUAUUGAGAUUAUGGAGAUUCUUGACAAGCGUCUCAACGACAAGGGCAAGAACUGGCGACAUGUGUUCAAGGCGCUCUCUGUGCUGGACUAUCUACUGCAUUCUGGCAACGAGAACGUAUGGAACUACUUUAAUGACAACAUCUACAUUGUAAAGACGCUCAAGGAGUUCCAGUACAUUGACGACAACAAUGUGGACCAGGGUAUCAAUGUGCGUCAGAAGGCCAAAGAUAUUACGUCGUUGCUGCUGGACGAGUCAAAGAUGCGAAGCCGACGUCGUGCCUACCAAGAAAGUGCCCACCGUAACCGUGAGCCUGGCGACUACUCGGACGAGGCGGGACGUCGUCGCAGGCAGCGGGACAAUGAGAUGCGCAGUGCGGAGGACCGCGAGCUAGAGCAGGCGCUGGCAGAGUCGCGGCGUAUGGCUGAGGAAGAAGAAGAGCGUCGUCGACGCAACGCACAGAGCGAGUCCGAUCUGCAGCGUGCAAUUGAGCUCUCGAAAGAAGAGGAGCAGAAGCGCAAAGACAAAGAAAGUCUUAUCAAUUUGGACCAAGAGUCGGAGCCAUCGCUGCAGCCGCAAUACACGUCCAUGCCGUUUAUGCAGUUCCAGCCAACUGGCUUCAAUCCCUUUUUCCAAGCGCAGAUGCAGCAGCAGGAAAUGCUUCAGCAGCAGUACCUGCAACAGCAGGAGUACCAGCGGCAGCUAGCGCUCCAACAGGCUGCGCAGCAAUACCAGUACCUUAUGACGCAACAGCAGCAGCAAGCUCAGAUGACUUCGCAACCGACAGGCUUUGGCUCCAACAACCCAUGGCUUUCGCAGUCUGCGACCGGUGCUGCACCACCACCGGCGGCGAUGCCCGAGCCGGCGGCGCCAACGCCACAACCCACCGACACCGAUACCCUUAUCAAUCUGGACGAGCCCGAGGACCCGACGCCGGCCCCUCGUCCUGCUGCGGCUCCACGCGGUCCACCUCGUGUGAAGAUCAGCACAGAGCAUGCCGAGUUGGAUCGGUUGCUGGCGCAAGGCGAUGGCAUCGAUACGUUCGGCAACACGGGCGAUAUGCGUUUGGGCCACAAUGCCGUGCACUGGUCGAACAUGAUGCAGCCGUCUUCCACAGGCCGUGGCGCUAUGGACUCGACCAAGACGGGAGGGAAUCCGUUUGCAAAGUAA